CCAUAAUUUACGGUGAAAUACUACGAAAUCAAUGUCUGUCUUGUUACAUUUCCUACCUCUGUGCAUUCCUAUGAAUUGGGGCAGAAAUUUGUGUAACAAGAAUGUAUUUGGCAAUUUAGUUUAGUUACCUAAAAUCAAUCAAUGGUUAUGGCUAUAUCACUUCAUUUUAUUAUCUUUUAAAAUGAACCCCUCAUUUUAGAAGAGACUAUAAAGAUAAUUAAUAAUAUAAUGGUGAAACUGAAAUAUCUCCCAAACUUUAGUUAGUUGAUGACGGUCGCUCACUUUGCAAGAGAUUUAUCAUUUUUGUUUCACUGCUCGAUUUCUAGUUUCUACAAGCAGUUCAUCUUAUAUGCGACUGCGCGCGUCAAUAGGGUUCUUUAUUCAAUUUCCAUCUUCCCUAAUCGCCGAGGAACAAAUCAACGGCCAGCCAUGGGUCACUCCAAUGUGUGGAACUCUCACCCUAACCUAUGGACCUGGUUCUCGCACCUGUCGUGUGUGUGGGAACUCUAGUGUGUGUUGCAGGCAGUGCUUCCAUAGCAAUUCCAAGGAAUGCCUAGGAAACUAGCUUCAUUAAGUAUCACUGAAAUGUUUAGAAUCCUUUCUGUGUUGCAGACUUGCAGUAUUACUGAAGGAUCAGCAUCCACCUGCCCCACCAUUUUAGAUUAUUGUAUUGGGAUGAUACUGAUGCCCAGAUGAUUUUAAUUUUUUAACUUUUAACUUUGUGGCUUUGAGUUGUGAGACUCAAUUUUUUUUUUCUUUCUACUUAGAACUGGAGUUGCUGUUUAUUUUCUAUUUAUCCAUCACUGGAAUUAUAAAUUAGAUCUUGGCAUCUUUGUGUGUGUUGUCUGUUUUAUGAUGAUGUCUACAGAAAUUACCACCAGAAAAAAAUAAAAAAGCUUCUCUAAUCACUGUAUAGGGAUAUAGGACAAAAUCCAUCUAUUAAUUUCCUAAACUUUUGUUUUUUUUUUUAUUUUCACU